AAGAAUGUAGUAGCAAGCAAGGAGAGGAAUGAAGAAUUACAAAGAUUGCUACUCGAAGAGCAUUCUCCUUUCAGACUCUAUCGGGCAAAUGAAUGUUAGUGUUGAAAAAAAACACCCAUACACACAUCCACAUACAAAUGCAGACCUACGCGUACACACAAGCACACACAUACAACACAGCACACACACACACACCCAUCAUACACACACACACACACACACACACAUACACAUAUACAUACACAUACACAUACACAUACACAUACACAUCUCAAACCCUGGGCAUACAAUAUCCUUUUGCAAAAUUUCAGCAAUCCAGUACGCGACAAUUUGUCAAUUCACCAGUUCUGCUACUUUUUUUUUUGUAUCCAAUACCAU